AUGGGAGUUCAUGACAUUGAAAAAAAAUUCGAACCUAAUCGUGUCGUGAUGAAAUCGAAUGAAUUUUUUAUUCACCCUGACUGGAACCCGCUUAAUAAAAAUUAUGAUUCUGAUAUUGCUAUAAUAAAAACAAGUCAUCAAAUUCAAUUUACUGAAUUCAUUCAGCCGAUAUGUUUAUGGGAAUUAUAUCAUAAUAUACCCGCAACAUCUGGUAUUGUCGUUGGUUAUGGAAUUAAUGGUCAGUCAACUCACAACAAAGAAAGAAUUGCGAAAAAACUGCAAAUAUUUAUUCAUCAAAAUGAAGAAUGUAUUGCUGCAGAGACUAAAUUGAGUGUUCUUGCUUCCAACAGAACAUUUUGUGGCGAAUCUGUCUAUGGAAACUCUAUUUGUUUUGGUGACAGUGGACAUGGAUUCUUCGUUAAAGUCAAGAAUAAAUUUUAUCUACGCGGAAUUAUUUCAGCAUCACCAAAAUUCGCGAAUAACUCAUGCACCUUUACAAACUACGGAAUCUACACAAACGUUUUAAAAUACAAAAGUUGGAUUGAUAAUCCUGAAAAUUGUUACAGAAAUUAUAACACAUGUGGCAUUAUGAACUCAGCUGUUUCUCUCAUUCAAGGUGGCAAUUUUUCUCUACAUGAUCAAUUCCCUUGGACUGCUUUAAUAAAGUAUUCAAGUUUGUAUUAUACUGGAGUGCUCAUAUCGCAAAAGCAUGUGCUUACAUAUUCAGGUUCAGUUAGUUUUUGGAAUGAUAUUGAAAAAAAGUACAUACCUCAACAUCUAAACACAUUUAUAGUGCAUUUUGGAAUGGUUGAUGCAAACGGUCAAGAUGAUCCUAAUGUAAUCACAGUAAAUCCUGCAAAAAUAAUUCUUCAUCCUAGUUUGCAAAAAGUUGGUAAAACUGUGGUGAAUGCCAUAGGAAUUAUAGUUUUGGAAACAUCCGUUCCAUAUAAUAAGUUUAUAAAACCAAUUUGUUUAUGGAAUAAUCAAAAUUAUUUUAAUAAAGAUCUGAAAAUCUAUGCAUUUGGUUACGGAAAAGAUGAAACUGGAAAACAUUCAAAAGUUCGAAAAUAUUCAAGAAUGAUGCAUACCUCAAAUGAAGUCUGCAAAGAGGUUUAUGCAGAUCGUUCAAGUGCAUUUGAAUCUUCUAAAUUAUUUUGUGCUCAAGAUCUCUCGUCUCGAGGGAAGCUUAAAUUUGGAGAUCCAUGCGAGACAACACAGCAAUGCAGCUUUGUUGGCUCAGUGUGUCUCAAUAGAGAGUGUGUAUGUGAGCCAUUUCUAGAGGCAACGAAUCAUUUCGACAAAUGUGGAAAACCUGUUUCCGUGAAUGAGAGCUGUUUCUUCAAUGAGCAAUGUGAAACCUCCAUUCCACAAACAGAGUGUCGUGAUGGACGCUGCAUUUGCCGAUUUGAUAAGAUGCCAAUCCUCAAGAAGGAUGGCUCCAUUGAGUGUAUGGGUAAGUGA